AUGUUCAGGUUACCAUCUUUUCUAUUUUUGUCAAUAUUUUUCAUACAAACAUAUUCCAAUAAAAGAGAUACUAUUCAUAUUAUGGAAGAUUUACCCAUUGGUAGUGCCGUUUAUACAUUUCCAUUUGAUUCAUGUUCAUCUAUCAGUACCACUCAUUCAUCAUCAAAUAGUAAUCGUUUUAGUUUUAUCGAUGGUCAACGUAAUCAAAAUCAAUAUUUUCUUAUUGAUCCGUUUACGGGUCGUGUAACAACAAAAAAAUUAAUUGAUCGUGAUGAUUUCUGUUUAAAUCGUUUGUGUUCGUGUGAACGUUGUGAAAUUAAUUUAGAAGUAUUAUGUUUAAAUUCGGAUGUCUAUUUUACAGGUGUAUCCAUUAUUAUUGAUGAUUUAAAUGAUCAUACACCACGAUUUGAUAAACAACAACAAGAAAUUGAAGUAUUAGAAAAUGUACCAGUUGGCUAUAUAAUUCCGCUUGAUGCAGCCAUUGAUCGUGAUUAUGGAAAUAAUUCUAUUCAAGGAUAUAAACUAGUGGAAGAUAAACAAAAUAAAAUGAAAGGAACAUUUCAAUUACAUCAAGAUUUAUUAUCAUUACAUUUAAUGAAAUCACUCGAUCGUGAAAUAUGUGAUAUAUUAAUAUAUACUCUUGUAGCAACGGAUGGUGGUCAACCUCCUUUAUCUGGUAGAAUGAAAAUUAUAAUUAAAAUAAUUGAUGUUAAUGAUAAUUCACCUAUCAUGGAUCGAAAAGAUAUUUAUGUACAAUUAAGUGAAUUAACACCCAUUAAUAAUUUAGUAACUCGAAUACAUGCAAUUGAUGGUGAUAGUGGACUCAAUGGUCAAAUACGUUAUACAAUACAAUCGAUUGAUCCACCAAGUGCAAAUAAAACAUUUAAAUUAGAUUUAGAUACUGGUGAAUUAAAAUUAGCUCAAUUAUUAGAUUAUGAAAUUGAAAAACAUUAUAGUUUAAAAAUUCGUGCAGCCGAUCGUGGACAAGGUUCAAUGCCAGCAAUUGCCACUGUUAAUAUAUCAAUAAAAGAUGAAAAUGAUAAUAAACCAUUGUUUAUGAUUAAAUUUGCUGAAUAUAAAUCUGACUAUGUCUAUUCAAAUAAUACAAAAAUAAUUUAUAUAAAAGAAAAUGCACCAAAUGGAACAUUUUUGGGUCAUAUAUCAAUAAAUGAUAAUGAUGAAGGUGAAAAUGGUCGUGUUAACUGGAAAUUGGAUAGUAAUAAUACAAUUUAUACAAAAGAGAUAUUUAAUAAUGAAGCAUUUUUUCUAUUUACAAAUCAGAAAUUUGAUCGUGAAUUAAAUGAUUAUUAUGAAAUAUCAUUAUUUGCUAUUGAUAAUGGACAACCACCAAAUACAAAUAUAUUUAAUUUUUCUUUAAUAAUCUUAGAUGAAAAUGAUAAUGAACCGAUAUUUGAUCAAGAUUCGUAUACUGUUAAUAUUCAUGAAAAUAUUUCAGUUGGAAGUAUAAUUAUCUCUGUACAUGCAACCGAUUUAGAUCAAAAUAUGAAUGGUCUUCUAACAUAUCGACUAUUAACAAAUGAUAAUAUAACAUUUGACUAUUUUAAUAUUAAUGAGUAUACAGGCGAUAUUCAUGUUCAACAAUCACUUGAUCGUGAAAUAAUAUCUCAAUUUAUAUUUGAAGUAUCAGCUUCUGAUAAUGGUCAGCCAUCUCUUAUAUCAACUGUUAAUUGUACAAUAAAUAUUCUAGAUAUUAAUGAUAAUAAACCUAUAUUUUUAAAUGAUACAUUUGAAUUUUAUGUAUCAGAAACACAAGUAACACAAACAAUAAUUAUAGGACAAAUAAAUGCAACAGAUUUAGAUGAAGGAGAAAAUGGUCAAAUUAAUUAUAAAUUAAUUUAUAAUAAAAAAAUUGAUUAUUUAAAUGAAACAACAGAUGAUAUCAGUGAAAAUGAAUGGCCAUUUUAUUUGACACUAAAUGGUACAUUAUAUUUAAAAGGACAUAUUGAUUAUGAACAACAAACACGUUAUGAUAUGUCCGUGAUGGCAUAUGAUCGAAAGGGUUUGAAUACAACUGUACCAUUAAUAAUUCAUAUUCAAAAUCGAAAUGAUUGGUGUCCUGAAUUAAAAAAUCAGACAGUUUAUUUUUUUAUAAAUAUAGAUGAAUGGAAUCAAACAGCAUUAUAUAAUCCAAUUGAACUUACUGAUGGAGAUAAUGAUACUUGUGAAAUGAUUCUAUUAAAUUUUAAUGAUCUAUUUAAAAUAGAAAAACUAGCACGAAAUAUUUUUAAUUUAAAAGCUAUAGCUAUACCGUACAAUGAACUCUAUGAAUUAGAUAUUAAAUUACGAGAUAUUGUUAUUGAUGGUGAUAAAUCAUGUGAAAAACGAGUUAAAAUAAUAGUUGCAAUUGGUAAUAAUCAAACAAAUCAAUCACAAGUUUAUGAAAUAGCACAACAAUAUUUAGAAACAAUACGUUUAAGAGAUUUACAUGAAUCAAGACAACGAUCAUAUUUUGAUUUGACAUUAGUCAAUAUUAUUGGAUUAUUUAUUAUUCUAUGUUUUCUACUUAUUCUUAUACUCAUUAUUAUUCGUAUUUGUCUAGCAUUAACAAGAAGAAAAAGAUCAAAUCGUUAUCAUAUACAUCAUCAUAAAGAUCAUCCAAAUAGAAUUGGUACACUCUAUCGUUUACAAUUAGAACAAACUGAUACACAAUUACCAUUGCUUGCAAGUAAUGAAGGUGAACAUUCCUUAACAUCAUCAUUGAUCGUUAAAAAUACAAAUAGAAAUAAUGGUAGUGAAAAUAUUGAAGAUGAUGAAGAAGAAGUAAGUGUUUCAAUUGUCUUAUCUAAAAUAAACAAUUAUUCGAUGCAGGACUAA